UGUUUUGUUCCUAAUUUCUGUACUUUGUGGAUUGCAGCUUCUUCUUCAAGCAAGAAAUGGAACUAUCUCUGAUAGGCCUUCAAAAUGCAGGGAAAACGUCACUUGUAAAUGUCAUUGCAACUGGUGGAUAUAGUGAAGACAUGAUACCCACGGUGGGAUUUAAUAUGAGAAAGGUUACUAAAGGUAAUGUGACCAUAAAGAUGUGGGAUCUUGGAGGCCAACCCCGGUUUCGCAGUAUGUGGGAGAGAUAUUGCCGUGCAGUUUCAGCCAUUGUUUAUGUGGUGGAUGCUGCAGAUCAAGAUAACUUGCCUGUUGCAAGAAGUGAACUUCAUGACCUAUUGAGUAAACCCUCGUUGAGUGGUAUUCCGUUGCUGGUACUUGGUAACAAAACUGACAAACCCGAAGCAUUGACUAAACAAGCUUUGACAGAUGAAAUGGAUCUCAAUGGCAUUUCAGACCGGGAAGUUUGUUGCUUCAUGAUUUCGUGCAAGAACUCAAACAACAUUGAUACAGUUAUUGACUGGCUUGUAAAGCAUUCCAAAGUGAAAAACUGAGGCUCAGUUGUCCACCAUUUUUAUUUUUUGCGGACAUCAUUCUCUUUAUGUAGAUAUAGCUUGAUUCUUGGGUUGGCGCGGUUCAUAGUGUUCGAACCGUUUUGUUUCUUCACGUGAUUGGGUUGACAUCUCUAGUUUAUUUCUGGGUGGAUAUCCUGGAUGAUGGCUGCCAACCCCUAUUGGAAUGCAAAUUUUCGAACCGGAACUUAUGGUGUGCA